UAGAUCUCUGAAGCCGAGGACCGCACCCCAUCUCCAUUGACCAACAUUCAGAUCCGAAGUCCGGCCUCCCCAACUCCUUCGACCGGCACCCCUCCUCCACCGACCGGCGCCAUCCCCAAGUCUGGCCAUUCUCCAGCACUAGCUAUCAGAUCCCAAGACCAGCGCACGCUCAAAUCCCCAGCACCAUCGUCCCCGACCCUUCUCCGUCCGGCCUUCCCAAGUCCGGCUAUUCACCUCCCUACGGUAUGCCAUCUAUCUCAUAUGGAUUUGGUACUGAUUUGAGAGAAUUGGGAGUGAUACGAGCACAACACCUGUGAAACUGUCUCCGGCCGUGAACCAUGCUAGUUUCAUAGCACAACAACUGCGAUUUGUGCUGGGCAUUUGGGGAAUGGAUACAUGUUUCACAUCCAGGAAGCUGUGAAAUUAAUGCAUGAAGCAGGCUACGAGCUGGGCAACCUUGAUGCUACGCUGAUCUUGCAAAAACCAGAAAUUAGACCAUUCAAGGAGACAAUCCCAUCUAACUUGUGUGAGCUACUUGGGGCAGAUCCAUCUGUUGUCAAUCUCAAGGCCAAGACGCAUGAGGAAAUCGACAGUUUAGGGGAAGACAGGAGCAUAGCUGCUCAUACUGUACUUCUGAUGCGGAAGUAGAACAAACUCGAAGUUGUGAAUUGUAUUUUAAUACUCGAAUUGAAUCGUAUCAUAGUGAACAAAAAAAUGUUUCACUUACGAGGAAGAUGAGCUCGUAUGUCACUUCUUGUGCAAUCUGAAUUUUAUUCACUUGUGUAUGAGUAGUUAUGCAAUCUGAAUUUUUUUUCCUA